CGUCAACGUUCUCGCUCUUUCUCGACUGUAGUAUAUGGCCUUGUCCUCGAGCUAGGCGACUAGCGACAUAUCCACGACUUUGGCCAGACUCAUCUCUACGCUCCCUCCCGACCAUGCGAGUAAUAGCACUCCUGCUCGCGGCCACGCUAUCGGUCCUCUUGCCGGCGUCGGCCCAGUCGACGGCCAAUGCAACAUCGUCCACCUCAUCGAGCGGCAGCACCACAGUCUCAUUGACCACCAGCACCGUCAUCUCCACGUCCCUGAGCCGGUCCGGCACUCAGACCGUAGCGGUCACCACGGCUAUUCCGACGAUCUUCAAUGUCACCGUCGUAGCUACACCCACAACGUCCGCCAACGCCACCAGAACCGCUUCCGCUUCCGCCAGCGCAUCGACCACAGCGAAACCCAUCACUCUUGAUACCAAGAUAGACCCGGCCUUUGGCGUCCUUGGUGCUCUCCUCAUUCUUACGGGCAUCCCUAGUGCGUUCCUCGGUCACAAGAACAGAUGGACCUCGUUUUUCCUCAUCGGCUUCUACACUCUGGCUCUGGUCUGCUGGGUACUCAUCGUGCGGUUCGGUGUCAUCAACGCCAUCAAACCGCCUAACAAGACGAUACGGGGUAUGUUCGUGCUCGCAUCGGCCGUAGCUGGAGUAGUCGGCGGCGGCGUCGCAAUUUUUUUCUGGAAAGCAUCCAAGUACUUCAUCGGAGGAUGGGGCGGACUUGCGUUUGCCUGGUAUAUCCAGUGCUUCAGAGAUGGGGGUCUCAUUGGUCCCAUUGGUUUCCGAUGGAUUAUGUACAUCGCCUGUGGCGCUGUCGGCUUCACCCUCAGCACGAUCCCCAAGAUUCAUUAUUAUAUCGUGCUCGUCUCUACUGGAUUUGUCGGUGCAACCGCGUUCAUGUUGGGCGUGGAUUGUUUUACGACCGCGAACCUCAAAGAGUUCUACAUGUGGAAUCUUGGUUUCCAAGCGCUCUUUCCCAAGUACACCAGCCACGGCAUCAAAUUUCCUGUAACCCAAGCUAUGGAGAUAGAACUCGGUUUGAUGGGAGCCGUCGCUCUCAUGGGCAUCGCUGUGCAAUUCCAGGUGCUAAAGAUACUGCAAAGGAAGCUCAAGGAAAUCGCCGAGGAUCAGAAACGCCGAGACGCGGAGGAAGAGGCAAGAGCCGCGAAGAGGUUCCGCUCUCUGGAGCGCGAGCGAGACGAAUGGGAAAAGGAGCAUCCCGGCCUCGCGAAGCAUGACCGUCAACACAGUGCACUGUCUGGCAUGCCUCUUCUUAAGGACCAAGAGCAUCCAGAAUCACCCGCAACUCCUGCCACCGAGUAUGCAGGAUCCAGCUGGGAUCUCCCUACCCGGCGUCGUCUCCCCUCGGGUCUUUCCGACUACAAUGGCCGGCGCUCGCAAAGUCCUGGUGCCAUUCCGGCCCUGGACCUCGGAGAAGACAUCGAGGAGAACGUUCCGACGGACUUCCUUGCGCCAGAUAGACAAGUUGAAUCCUCGACGAUGCCUUCGACGAGUAAUGCUUCUGAAGAAGAACUGAAGAAGAAGGAGCAACUGCUUGCGGAGAUACAGAGUAUCCGGAAGUCCAUCGAAGUAUUGAAGGAUUCGUCCGAGUCGCUCCCCAGUCGUUCUCGCCGACCAUCCAUGGCGUCCAAGAGGACAUUGAGCACGGACCUAUACAGCACGCUUGUGCCAGAACCAACUCAUUUGCGACCCCCAAGAGCCAGAGACCCGCGAGCACGGGCUCAGUCUAUGGAAAUGUCCGACCUCGUUCGUCAAUAUCAGCUCGGCGAGACGAUCAGUCGUCCCACCAGCGUACCUCUCAAGGACGAUUGGGACUCGUACGUCAAUGAUCGCAAGCUGCUUCAACCGCCUUCUGGAGCCACGGCACCGAUCCCAACGAAUCCUGUGCUUGAUCACAGAGUAUCGGUCCCUCCGGCUGUUACCGACGCACUGAAGGAACGUCGUAAACGCGAAAGCGCCAUGGAGCUGGCCCAGAUCCGUCAACCCUCCCCGGGUGUGGCUGCCGAUUCAUCUCCCCUUCUCGGCAUACCUGCGCGGGUGUUGUCUGCAUCGCCUCGUACGGGACUGAACGAUACGCCUCAUGUGGAUGUCGUGCAAGGACACCCUCGGCAGAAGACUGGAUCCGCGAUGACGCCGGUCACCAUCCUUCCGCCUCAAAAGAUUGCCGCCCCGCAAGCCCAACGUCCCGCGCAGCCGAGGACAAAGACUUUCGAGGAACUCGCCGAAAGGCAUCGCGAAAAGAUACAUGGUUUGCAAGCUCCGCUCUCUCAGGCCGAGAAAGAGAAGGCCGAGUUGGAGGCUGCAAAGGCGCGCUGGGAAAGGUCCAAGGCUUUGGAGCGGGACGCGGUUUUCCGACGUCAGGCAGAAAAGGAGAAAGCUGUCGUACGGAAAUCCCAGGAGGGCUUGGAACAUCCUGGCAGGCGAUCGGCGACUAUGGACGAUCGCGGAAACGUAGGGAGGCAUUCGCGCUCCUUGAGUGCCGACAAACUUGCCGCGCUUGGUAAUAUGACAUCGUCCAAGCGUGCAUCCACGAUGAAGGUCGAAGAUUGGCAACGAUAUCAACAAGAAGCUGGCACGGCGUCGAAGAGAAUCGAUGAUCCUCGAAGACUGUCCACCGCGCCCCGCUCGCCAGGGACGUCGGUACCGUUCCCGGAUUCGAAGUCGCGCCGGCUAUCGAACAUGCCUCGCGAUCCCCCCGCGUGAUAUAGGAUGAGCGCGUAGCGCAUCUUGAAUGUUGUGUUGUGUGUUAGUGCAGCAUCGCGUUCGCUGUGCGGUCUCCUGGAUUGACUGAUACUCGUGGCGCUGAUCAUGGACUUGAGCGCGUCGCGGCAUUCUCUCUAACUAUUUUUACUCUGGACGUUGCACUUCCCUGACUUGGACGCACGACUCGCUAUCGGAACACGGACUCCUCUGGACAGUACUCAUAUCAGUCAUUACAGCUUACAGUAGCCUUAAUCUAUAUUUGUUCUUCG